AUGUCUUCCAAUGAGGAGAAGGGCGUGGCGUCCCCACAGCCAGUUCACUCCCAAAACAAUGGCCAGACACUGCCCGAGUAUGGCAAUGGCCACGAAAAGGUUGGCGCUAUCCCUGACCGGCCGCGCGAGGAGGACUGGAUGACGCGCAACGGCCUCAAUCUGCGCUCCUUCCAGAAGCGCGACUACGGCAAGGGAAUUGUUGAGCUCGACCGGUCCAUGAAGUCCCGCCAUUUGCACAUGAUCGCCAUUGGCGGUUCAAUCGGUGCUGGAUUCUUCGUCGGCUCUGGCGCUGCUCUUAGCAAAGGCGGACCUGGCUCUCUGUUGAUCGACUUCCUCAUCAUUGGCAUCAUGAUGUUCAACGUCGUUUAUGCCCUCGGCGAACUGGCCGUCAUGUACCCCGUCUCUGGUGGUUUCUACACGUACUCGACCCGUUUCAUUGAUCCCUCCUGGGGUUUCGCCAUGGGUUGGAACUAUGUCAUGCAGUGGGCCGUCGUGCUGCCGCUUGAACUGACUGUGUGUGGCUUGACAGUUCAGUACUGGAACCCAGACAUCAGUGUCGGCGUAUGGAUAACUGUCUUCUUGGUCUUUAUCGUCAUUAUCAACAUCUUUGGCACUCUUGGGUACGCUGAAGAAGAGUUCUGGUCCUCCAUUCUCAAGCUCUCUGCUACCGUCAUAUUCAUGAUUAUCGCUUUGGUGCUUGUUUGCGGCGGCGGUCCCAGCUCCGGCCAAUACGACCACUAUUGGGGCGCACGCCUCUGGUACGACCCAGGCGCUUUCAAAAAUGGUUUCAAGGGGUUCUGCUCUGUCUUCGUCACUGCUGCUUUCGCAUUCAGCGGAACUGAGCUAGUUGGUCUGGCCGCUGCUGAGGCACACAAUCCUGUGAAAAGCUUGCCCGGUGCUAUAAAGCAGGUGUUCUGGCGAAUCACCCUCUUCUACAUUCUCGGGCUGUUCUUCGUCGGCCUGCUCAUCAGCUGUGACGACGACAACUUGCUCGGCGCUAACCCCUACGCUGACGUAAAUGCGUCGCCGUUUGUGCUCGUCGGCAAGUAUGCUGGAUUGAAAGGCUUCGAUUCCUUCAUGAAUGUUAUCAUCCUUGUUUCCGUCGUCUCCAUUGGCGUGUCCUCCGUGUACGGUGGCUCUCGUACGCUCACCGCUCUCGCCCAGCAGGGUUACGCACCCAAGAUUUUCACCUAUGUCGAUCGCUCUGGCCGACCCCUAUUCAGUGUCGCCAUCAUCUUGCUCUUCGGAUGUUUGGCCUAUGUGAACCUGGAUGCCGAGGGCCCGACUGUCUUCGAUUGGCUCCAAGCGUUGUCUGGUCUGGCAGCGCUGUUCACCUGGGGCUCUAUUUGUCUCGCCCAUAUCCGAUUCCGCAAGGCUUGGGCAUACCAUGGCCACACCGUGGACGAGAUCCCAUUCAAAGCAAUCGGCGGUGUUUGGGGCUCAUGGCUUGGACUUGCCCUUAAUAUCAUAGUUCUAGCUGCUCAGUUUUAUACAGCUAUCGCCCCACCAAACCAAGGAAGCGAGCUCAAUGAUGCUCAGGGCUUCUUCAAGUCAUACCUAGCUCUUCCGGUCGUCAUCGUCUUUUGGAUUGGUGGCUGGCUGUGGAAACGCGCUGGGUGGCUAAGGACCCAUCAAAUCGACGUCGAUUCAGGCCGCCGUGAGCUUGAUUGGGAUGCAAUCAAUGCCUACCGCGCCGAACUGGCUGCGAUGUCAGCUGGAAAACGUUUGUUCCAUACCGUCUUCAUUUAA